GCUGCAACGCUGGAACCAAAAACCGACAGAGCAUCAAGGAAUCGUCAAAAACCCAUUGGCGAUCCAGCAAUCAAGAUCUCGGACAAUCGAUCGCUGCCGAGACAAGCAUGUCUUCAGGACUGUUUGCAUUUGGCGAAUGAUGGGCUCCGAGCUGGGGGAAUGAAUCGUAAUAGAUGCAGGCCCGUGAGGCGUCGGUGGGCGUGGCGUGUAAGUGCAGGUAGCUGA